GAGUCGGCCGGCCCCUUCCGCCGCCGCCGCCGGGCGCCAGGUCUGACCAUGCAGCUCCCCCGGGCGCUGCGGAUCUGGGGGCUCGGCGCCUCCGCCGGCCAGCUCGCCGGGGCCCGAGCCUCGGUCGCCCCCCGCGGCCGCCGCCCCUCUCCCCGCCCCCGCGCUCCGCCCGCGCGCCCGCGGCCCCGCCCCGGUGUCCGCCUCCGCUUAGCGCCGGGCUUUGGGCGGCAGCACCUGGCCGCCGCCGCCGCCAGCCCAGACGCGCAGUCUGCUAGCGCCGCCGCCAUGGAGUGCCCCGGAGCCGGAGGAAUAAAUUCCAGUGAGUAUGAAAAUGUAUCAAGAGAAAAGGAAACGUCAGAAGAAUUUGAAGCUAACGCUAUGGCUUCUCUGAUAGACAUGCCAUUUGCCACUAUAGACAUUAAAGACGAUUGUGGAAUCACUGAUGUACCUCACAUAAAUUUGGAGAGAAGUAAAGAAAAUGAACGGAUCAGUAAGGAUCAAAUAAAGAAGAGGAAAAAAAAGCAAAAAGAUUAUCAGCCCAACUAUUUCCUAUCCAUUCCGAUCACCAACAAAGAGAUUAUAAGAGGAAUUAAGAUUCUGCAAAACGCGAUAAUACAACAAGAUAAGCAACUAGCCAAAGCAAUGACCAGUGACGGCUCCUUUCAUAUUACCCUGCUCGUGAUGCAAUUAUUGAAUGAAGAUGAAGUAAACAUUGGUAUUGGUGCUCUUUUGGAAUUAAAACCAUUCAUAGAAGAAAUCCUCCAAGGAAAACAAUUGAUUUUGCCCUUUCAAGGGAUUGACAGUUUUAGAAAUCAGGUUGGAUUUGUCAAGCUGGCAGAAGGAGAUCAUGUAAACUCACUUUUGGAGAUAGCAGAAGCUGCAAAAAGGACAUUUCAAGAAAAGGGCAUCUUGGCAGGAGAAAACAGGAGUUUCAAGCCUCACUUGACUUUUAUGAAAUUGUCCAGAGUACCACAGCUCCGGAAGAAGGGAGUGAAAAAAAUAGACCCCGAAGUCUAUGAAAAAUUUAUCAGUCACAGAUUUGGAGAAGAAAUGGUACAUCGCAUAGAUCUUUGCUCCAUGCUAAAGAAAAAGCAAAGUAAUGGUUAUUAUCACUGUGAGUCUUCGAUUGUGAUUGGAAACCAUGUUUUUCUGGGAAAAAAAAGAUUCAUGCAUGAGUGCUUCUAUCAUCUUAUCAGGGAGAUUGCAUGUGAUUGAGACAGAUUCAUACACAAUUAUGUUUCCACGUGAAAAGUGUAUGCAUCAAGUGAAGACUUUUUUUAAAAACCAGAACAAGGCUGUUCUGCAGUGUGAAUAUAUUCAAAGGAAUCUUAUCUGUUGAGAUGCAAAUGUGCUAUUUCAAACCCGGGCAUUAUUCUUAUAAAAUUGUGAACUUCAAAAAAAUUUAAAAAAUAAAAUACAGUUGUGAACGUCAAGAGAAUCUGAUUUGUAUACUUUUGAAGUAACAAAGAAGAAGUAAUCGAAGAAGAUAAAUACUUGUAUUUAAAUAUUUCAAGGUCUUCAACCAAGAUAAUUUCUGUCCGUAUCAGCUUGAAGAAAAUCUGUGGAAGUAUACAUCCUCAAAGAAUCUUAAUACUGAAGAUUGUAAAUGCAUUAAAGAAAAUGUUCCAGAGACACAAUUUUAUUUCCAAAUUCUCACUAGAUAUUUUCAGAGAAGUCAUCAUUUUAUCUUCCUAAGAUCUUAGCUCUCUUAAACAGAAAAUAUUCUGUAUAUCAUCUGAAUUUAUGUUCUCAAACAUUUCAUGUCUAUUUCGAGGAGGAUUUUUGUGUUUUCGGAAUCUCUGGUGGAGAGCUAUUUUCCAUCAAAGUUUUGAUGAGGGCCAAACAAUUUCCAUUUAGUAAGGUUAAUAGCAGAGGACAAAUUUAAGACUUUCUUGUGUAACACAGACGUUGGCUAGCUUUCCGUAUGUUCUCUGUGUACUUACAUUGGGCCAAUGUUGAAGAACUCCAUGCUCUUCCUUGCCUUUCCUGAUCCUGUUUAAAAAAGAAAUAAAUAAAAAAACCCCGAAUCCUGUGUAGAUUUUCCUGAAGAUAUCGUGAGAUUAACAUCAUCCAGCUUAUGACACGUGUGACCUACAUUGCUCUUAGACAGCUCUGUUCAGCUCACUCCAAACCAGAUGUGUCAACCAGUGAGUUUUCUAUUUUAUUGCUCCUUUCAGCUUAGUCAAUAAAAUUCCCCUUAUUCUAGGCAAUAUCUCCAGAUUUCCCCCUCAGGCUUCUUUAUCUCUCAUCUUUUCUAACUCAGAGGGAUUUAGCUUCUUUUAAACUCCACCAAUCUUGUGUCCCCAUACUGAUCAUUUAACAUUAUAUUAAAAAAAUGGUUUUUGCCUGUUACAGAUGCUCUACUUUUUGUCACAUUUUGGGAUGCCAAAAUGAAUUUUAAAAUAAUAUUUGCAUCUAAAGUGAUAAUUAUUAUGUUAUAAGUAACCAAUUUUAAUACACACUAGAAUUCCUUUAUUUACUAUGGAUAGUUACUGAUUUUCUCAGUCUUAUUUUUACUUGAGUUUAACAGAAUAUUUAGGAAGAUUCAGGACACUUUCUUUGUAAGUUUCAUUUCUUGAUCUGGUUUAAUUGGCUUCUUUUUGAUUUGAUCCUAACUCAGAUUUAAAGUCU